CUCAUUUCUCACUUCCCCGACCAACAGAGGUUUCCUGUUUCUCCUUCUCUCUGUUUUUCUAGACCUAAAUGUUUGUUCCGAUUCUGAUUCAAAACUCCAGCAAAAUGGAGGACGGUGAAUCGAUGAAUCUCUAAGGCCAAACAUCUGCUCUCCUCCUUUCUACCACCGCUAGUCAGUCUCCUCGCUGAGGCUUCCUUCUGUCUGCGCAUAACCAAAUCAAAGAUGGUGAAUCUCCAACGCUAUCUGUUUCGUCCACUUGCCUCGUCCUUGCGCCGUCGUCCUACCGCCGCUCCCGCAGCCGGCUUUACCGUCGCUUACCUCUGCAAACCUACCUGCUCCAAGAGGCUUCACUUGACAUUGGGAUUCAUAGACACAAUGGUUGGAACAGUCUAUGUUCCCAUGGUGCUUCACAGUUACAUUCUUUCAGUCAUCUUCUCGCUUCUACAGGGAAUACAUUCAUCUGAAGUUUUAGUGGGGCACAACUACGAUCUCAUUUACAAGCCAGACUGGAAGAUAGUGGUCCUGCACAGGGGAGCUAUGGAAGAGGACAACACUAUUAAAAGGAUAAGAAGAGGCCGGUACAUCAGAAAACUGGAGCAGAAGUUGAAAUUGCCUGGCAUUAUUGAAUCGUGGGAGUCAUUAAGCUCGCAUCUAUACUACUUCUGAAAGUGAUGUAUGUGUCCAGUGCUCGUAACAUGGAGAAAGUCGCACAAGAGGGAGUUUGCAGAUCUUGUAUAAUUUUUUAUGAAUAAAACGCCAGAUUUUGGGCCAAUGUGAUGUGACAAUGUUUUGACAACAAUUUCUUUUGAUUGAUGUGAAUUGUUGUUAUUGUAACAAUAUAUUGAUGCAUUAU